AUGCCUCGUGGAAAAACACUUUCGAAGGAGAAGAUCGCAUAUGAUUCGGGUCGUGUUUCAGCAGCGUUAGAUUGUGCUGCAAAGUGUGAUUUUAAUCAGAUGGCGAUCUUUCUCGAUAAUGGUAGACGAGAUUUUCCUGAAUUUGACCAGAUUAAUGAAGAUCUGGCACUUGCAGCUCGCCUUUGCCAUCGUCUUUCCGGCGAACUGAAGGGUGCCGAUACCCUGAGGUCACUUCACUACGACAUCGAAACCUGUCGUGAUGAUAUUCGUAAAAUUAUGUAUGGUCACAGAAGGGAUAGUGAAUCCAGCGAUUCAGGUAACGAUAUUGCUGAGAAAAAGAAGGAGGUAAGACGGCGUUUGGGCCGCCUGGAUAAACUUAUGCAGACUCAAAGAACAAUCAAACGUUGUCGCAAGGAUUUUAAUGCGUUUAUGUUAACAUACAAGGAGGAUGGUGGCAACCGCGGAUUUUGGGCGAAUUUGUGUUCAUGUUCGUAA